AUGUCGUCAAUCUUAGGCAAAGUGCUAAGUCUUGAUGCAGGUAUUGGUGAAGCAACUGACCAUUAUAUUGACGACAUAAUCGUUGAUUUGAAAAAGACAUCGGUUGAAAAUGUCGUAAAUUAUUUGGAACGGUAUGGUUUGUUAAAAAAAGAGCCAGAAGAAUGUGAUGGUGCACGAAGAUUGUUUUCAAUAUGUGGUCACUUUAUUGGACACUAUCCAAUUAGAAACUGGCUCAGAAUUGCCUGCAGUUUUACAAAACGUUAUAGUCAUGGAGAUGCUAAAGAUGAUCUAAUAGGAGAUCAAGCACAGUCAUGGUUGGUCGAAAUAAUGCGCCGUUUGGAAGCUAGUGAUCCUGUAAAAGGGACAUGGAAUGCUGAUGGUAUUCAAAAUGGAGCAAUAUUGUGUUGUGAUGUUAGUAGUAUUGCAAUGGGUGUUGCAAUUGAAUAUAACGGCGUAACAGUUGAGGAUGCAGCAUGGCUACGAAGUAUAAAUGAUGUCAUGCAUUUUAAUACGGCCGAAUUAGAUACUGUGGUGCGUGGAAUAAACCUAGCUGUUAAGUGGGACAUCAAGAACCUAUUGAUAUUUACCGACUUGGUUCAUGGAUGGUUGAAAAGUGUGCUAACUGAAAGUCAUAAGGUUCGGUCAAAUGGACUAUCAAAAAUGCUUAUCAAACGAAGACUUUCAUUAUUGCGUGAUUUAAUAAAGGAAUACAGUACGAACAUCAUAAUGAAGUGGGUUCCGUCUUCUAAAAACAAAGCAGAUGUAUUAACAAGAGUUUCAAAAAAGUGGUUAAAUGAAAUUUCACGAAAAAUAAAACUUUUGAGAAUACUUCUACUAUUUAUUUUUCCGAUUUUUUAG